AUGACGUGUCGGCAGUGGUCGCAGGGUGAUGAUGACUGAGGGCCGCGUGAGGCCUGCGUUCGGCGGCGGAGCACGAGUACCGGUGGCAGGGCCAGCAUGGUGAAACCCGCGUAUAGGGGCCGCGGGACCGUUAACCCGUCCGGAUCGAGCACUAACCCCGAUCGACCCAAAGAUGGAGGCCAUACAAGAGACCGGGCAACUAUUAAACGUCUCAAUAUGUACAGGCAGAAAGAACGAAGAAACAAAGCAGGAAAAGUCAUCAAGCCCUUGCAAUUCCAGUCAAAAGUUUCAUCUGGCACUACUGCCCGUGUGGAGCCAAAUAUCAAGUGGUUUGCUAACACUCGUGUAAUAAAACAGUCUUUGCUGCAAAAGUUCCAAGAUGAGAUGGGCAAUGUGAUGAAGGACCCUUAUAGAGUAGUUAUGAAGCAGACCAAGCUUCCAAUGUCCCUCCUCAAUGAUCGAAUCAAGCCUCACAAUUCAAAAGUACAUAUUCUGGAUACAGAAACAUUUGAAACAACAUUUGGUCCCAAAGCUCAGCGAAAGAGGCCAAAUCUGAGUGUAUGUGAUAUGCAGAGCUUGGUUGAUAAAGCUGAAACAUUGGCAGAAGAAUACAAUCUAGAAAAAGACCGAGAUCUGGUUGUAGAAGAUACUGGAGUAAGGGAUGAAGUCAGAGAAGAAAUCUUCAAAAAAGGACAGUCUAAGAGAAUAUGGGGUGAGCUGUACAAGGUAAUUGAUUCAUCAGAUGUUAUAAUCCAAGUACUGGAUGCCAGAGAUCCAAAUGGCACACGAUCAGCCCAUAUAGAGGCUUACCUAAAGAAGGAAAAGCCGUGGAAACAUUUGGUAUUCGUCUUAAAUAAGUGUGACCUCGUACCCACCUGGGCAACGAAACGAUGGGUUGCAAGCCUCUCACAUGAAUAUCCAACUCUUGCCUUUCACGCCAGCCUCACCAAUCCCUUUGGAAAAGGUGCUUUCAUUCAGCUUUUGCGACAGUUUGGCAAGCUCCACAAUGACAAAAAGCAGAUCAGUGUCGGAUUCAUUGGCUAUCCUAAUGUUGGCAAGAGCUCAAUCAUUAACGCACUUCGAUCCAAGAAAGUCUGCAAUGUUGCACCUAUUGCUGGUGAGACAAAAGUCUGGCAGUAUAUCACACUGAUGCGACGCAUUUUCCUAAUUGAUUGUCCUGGUGUUGUCUAUCCUUCUGGGGAUACGGAGACUGAAAUAGUGCUAAAAGGAGUGGUUCAAGUGGAGAAGAUCAAAUGUCCUGAGGAUCAUAUUGCUGCGGUAUUAGAAAGAGCUAAAUCAGAAUACAUCAGCAAGACCUACAAGAUAGAUAGCUGGAACAACGCAGUGGAUUUCUUGGAAAAGCUUGCAUUCAGAAUGGGGAAGCUUUUGAAGGGUGGAGAACCAGACAUACAAACUGUGGCCAAAAUGGUGCUGAAUGACUGGCAGAGAGGAAGAAUACCUUUCUUUGUGAAACCGCCAAAUACAGAGGUAAACUUGGAGCUAUUAGAUAAACAGCAAAUGAAUGAAGAACCUGAUGACGUUAGUCAAGUUAAGGAGCCAUCAGAAGAACUAAAUUUGCAAAGUGAACCAGAAAAAACUGAAAACCCCAAUGUAACGCAACAAUUUGUUGCUCAAGUGAGGCAAAACUUUGGAAAAAUCAACGUUGUGCCUGAAUUUUCAGAUACAGACCUCCAGCCUGUAGACUUUUCUGACGACGAAGAGAUGUAUUCAGAGGAAGAGGAUCAGGAGCUUGAAUUGGAGGAUUGUGAUGAGAAAGAAUUAACUGAGGUUAAUCAAAAUAAACUUGAAAAUAGUAGUUUUCAACUGGAGGGCAAAUCAAAAAGACCAAAAGAAGUGCUGCAAGAUUUGAAUGACAAAAUUGCUAAAUACAAAAAGUUCUUGGAUAAAGCCAAAGCAAAGAGAUUCUCGGCUGUUAGGAUUCCCAAGGGACUUACUACAAAACUGCUCACCAAAUCGGAUCAAAAGUCAACUGAUCAAGAAGCAGAACCAAGAGAAAAGGGUUGUCCAGUAGGAAAGAGAAAAGCUCAGAACGAAUCCGAUGAUGCACAACCUCCUCCAGCCAAGCUUUCAUCCAAAGAGAAGCGAAGACUUGACCGACUGCAGCACUCAAAAAAGGUUGGCGUUCGAUACUAUGAAACACACAAUGUCAAGAAUAAGAACAAGAACAGAAGUGUUUCCAAGUCUCAGAAAUUUAAAAAAAAUCGAUAAUGUUGAAACAAAAUAACAUUUCUCUUUGUGCAAUAAAAAUAAAAAACAUUUUUCUUAA